UUGGAUGCGUAACACUGUAUCAUUCUGUUUUGUUGUUGCCCGAACAACAAACAAUGCAUCUCCGUUCCCCGCUUUCGAUGCUUGAGUUUUGUUCUUCUUUUCCUUCCAUUUUCUUUCUCAAAACGUAUCAAAAUCUCCAUUUGUGAUCAAUUUGUCGUAAUAAAUUGUUCAAUUUUAUUUGAAUUAUGCAUUAGGUUCAUUUAAGAAUCAGAGGAAGAGCAACGAGGAAGGGAGAAAGAGAGAGGUACUAGAGGAAGAGGACAGACAAUUUUUCUGGCAAUGGCAACGGAUCAGGAGUUACCAGAGGGAACAGUGCAGAACAUCUUGGACCAAGAGAGUCUUAAAUGGGUCUUCGUUGGAGGGAAAGGUGGUGUGGGCAAGACGACCUGUAGUUCGAUCCUCUCUAUCCUUCUUUCUAGGGUUCGAUCCUCUGUCUUGAUCAUCUCUACCGACCCGGCUCAUAACCUCAGCGAUGCGUUUCAGCAGAGAUUCACCAAAACUCCCACCUUGGUCAAUGGAUUCACCAAUCUCUACGCCAUGGAGGUGGAUCCCACCGUAGAGAAUGAGGACUUGCCCAAUGUGGAAGAGAUGGAUAGCUUUAUCUCCGACUUAACAAAUGCAAUUCCUGGAAUUGAUGAGGCUAUGAGCUUUUCUGAAAUGCUGAAAUUAGUUCAAACAAUGGAUUACUCUGUUAUCGUGUUUGAUACAGCUCCAACUGGUCAUACACUACGGCUGUUGCAAUUCCCCUCAACAUUAGAGAAGGGGCUUGCAAAAAUGAUGUCGUUGAAGAAUAAGUUUGGUGGCGUACUGAGUCAGAUGAGUCGUAUUUUUGGUGUUGAUGAUAGAUUUUAUGAGGAUGCAAUCCUUGGAAAGAUUGAAGGCAUGAAAGAAGUGAUUGAACAAGUAAAUAAGCAAUUUAAGGACCCGGACAUGACAACUUUUGUCUGUGUUUGCAUCCCAGAGUUCCUCUCUCUUUAUGAAACAGAGAGGUUGGUGCAAGAACUAACAAAGUUUGAGAUUGACACGCAUAAUAUCAUCAUUAACCAAGUACUUUUUGAUGAAGAAGCUGUUGAAUCCAAGUUGUUAAAAGCUCGUAUGAGGAUGCAGCAAAAAUACCUUGAUCAGUUCUACAUGUUGUAUGAUGAUUUCCACAUCACUAAGUUGCCGUUGCUUCCACAAGAGGUAUGUGGCGUUGAAGCUCUGAAAUCAUUUUCUCGCAACUUUUUAACCCCUUAUCAGCCAUCCAUCAAGAAAGGCACAGUAGAAGAACUGGAGCAAAGAGUGUCCAUACUACAGGAACAGCUGAAAGAUGCUGAGGAAGAGCUAGGUAGAUUGAGAGAAGGAAAGUAAAGGUCUGAUACCACGUAGUGGCUAGAAUUCUAAGGUCCAAGAGAACUUGGAGAAGGAAAGCAAGAGGUCUGGUCCUACUUCAACUACCCAAUUACCAAUACUGCCUUUGGCUAUUUAUUUUCCUGCAUUUUAUAUUUCUCUUGUUUGCAGACCAGUAGUUUGCUCUGCUUGCAUCUGGCUGCUAAUUGAAGUCAUAUUUUUUCUUCUGCUCUCCGGUCUAAGUUAUCUCCUACAUGUCAUCAGAUUUUUGUUUUGGAAUUGGAGGCAGAAGUGAUCUAUAAAUUAAAUUUGAGUUUGUUUUAAUAUCACUCGGAGGAUUUAUUGUUGGAAUUCAUGCAUUAUAUUCAUCAACAAUAUGUGCUUUCUGAA